AUGGUCGAGAGCUAUUCGCUAAUAGGACCAGCUAAAAUUCGAACGCUCGUAAUACCUAUUGGUAAAUGGAAGCGCGCUCAGUUCCUAGAGAAGCUGGUGCUUCUCAGAAAGAGGUUUGAAGUGAGGCUUGUCGAUGUCACGCCCACCGAAGACGCAACUUUCAACCCACAAGGGUUCCCACAGGGCCGAUUGAUGUUUGAUUUUGAGACAUUUUUACUCGAGGAAGACGAUAUGCUUUUUUUACAUGACUUUGAGCCAUACCGCAAAACUUUUGUCGUGAUAGGAUUAGUAGCACAAGGAACUCUUGAAACGGACACCUUACAGGAGCUGGAGACACGGUUCCCCAAUGCAAUCUGCCAUAAUCUCAUCUGCUUCGACGAGCCCUCUGGAUUGCUGGCACCAAAUGUUUUCUACCACCCGCAAAGCAGCGUCGAGACAAUUAUAUGCGAUAUCGGGAGAAAAUUCUUAGAAGCGCUGAGUCUGUACUAUUCCUCCUACAAACAUGUCACACUACGUUCUCCCGGAGCGAUCGGUGGGAGUUCGAUUUUAAAACUGUCGCUCACGCGACAGCCUGCAUCUGUUCCUGCAGCGUCUGCGCUAACUCGCAAAAUCAGCUCGAUGGAGCAACCUAACUCCUCGUCAAUCAGAAGAAGCGCUUCGCUGAAAAGUUUGGGAUUGACCAAUGGCUAUCCUGAUCAGCAGCGCGCAAAAGCACGACAGCGAAAAAUUUUAGGGAACUUCCAGCUUCUAGCUGGGCGAUACUCAGAUGCGCUGACGAGUUUUUCGGAAGCCGCAACCACACUGCAUAAGAUACAUGACCACAUAUGGCUGGGAAGUGCACUUGAAGGUAUUUGCAUCUCGAUGUUGCUUUUAACAUAUUUACAAGUAACCUUCCACAUCCCUGCGAUCAUCAAUAUUUUGUGCCCAAUGAGGACUGAAAGUAGGUCCGGUUCAGAGAGCAAUUCAAGGAAAAGUAGUUUUUCAAAAAACGCUGCUGAGUCACCUCGAGCUUCCAUCAGUUCCAUGCCACCCAAGAUGAACUCUUUGGAAUCGACAGACAUUAAUUUGGCUUCUCUCAUUAGGCGCAUUAGUGAGAGGAUUCUCAUUCACUAUGAGGCGAGCCUUUCCCACAAUAUUGAGUUUGCUCCACAACUGAUAUACUGUGAGCAUAUUUUGAGAAUUCUCAAGUUCAUGACUUCAUGUUAUAACCAUGAAUCUUUAGAUGAGAUAGUUUUACGACGCAUCAACGCAGAUGAAUUCGAACUUGACGAAAAUGAAGAGAAAUAUCAUAAUCAAGAGGGCCUUUUUACGAAAUUCGAAAUCUAUCUGCAUGCGCAGCGUCUUUUUGAGCUUCAACUCAAGCUGAUGGAUGUUGUGUCUCAAGUUAAAAUAUACACGACAAUGGCCCUUAUCUAUCAGCGCUUGAAGUACUAUAGAAAACGAAGCUUUAUUCUGCGUAUUCUUUUAGUCACGACUGCCUCUCAUUCCGAAUCCGGAGCACUUCAAGACUACUGCUUGAAUGCAGAUCGAGGACUACUUAAAGACGUUUUAGACUCCUACGGUGUUUUUCGACAACCAGAAAUUUCGAUGAAAGAUGCUUCGGUUUGCACUUGGGUGACUUUGCAAAAGAGCAUUCUUUCCUUAUGCAUUAGCAUUGUAAAAAGACUCGGUGACACUGAGAUGGUUACAGAGCUUUCACUGAUUUUCCUCCAGAGGUUUUCACAUACAAUAACUCAAAUGGAGCAGUCCCAGCUCUUAAUGAAAAAUAUUAUACCCAACUUUUCAAAAUCAGAAAAAUGGUCUUAUUGGGACCCAUUCAUACUAAGAGGUUUAGAAAUUACCAGACUGGAGUCAAACGAAGAGCACCUUGAGAGAAGGACCAUCCAUACCCCAAGCGAUGACCCGUCUUUUAAGGAUGUGCAGGUUUUCAAUCCCUUUCGGCAGCGCUUAAUCAAUGGAGUCACAAAUCCCAUAGACAAAGCAAUGGACAAACCACAUGAAUUUCGCAUUGGUGAGGGUGCUCAAUUUGAGAUAGUAUUUCAGAAUCCGUUGAAAACAGAUCUUAAGAUCACACAUGUAUCAUUCACACGCGAAGAUUCCAAAUACGUGAAUUUCUUGGACGAUUUGGUUCAAGAAUUGCCAUUCGUUCUAGGGCCCAACUCAAUAAAAACGUUGCAUGCGCCGGUGUCAUUCAAAAAAAACACCGAGCUACAUACCAUCAGCGAAAUGGACGUAGGUGUUUUUGACUUGCAGCCUUACUCCUUUCGCAUUGCCAUCGACGAAAGGUUUGCCCUUGCUUCAGAAGGCACCGACGAGAACGGAAGGGCCAACUUUGGCAAAUUCGUGUUCGCAGUUCUUCCCGAUGAACCCAAAAUCGAGUUUGUAUCCAGUUCUUUGAGGGAAAGCGCGUUUAUGAUCCUCGAUGGCGCUAAAAAAACUUUUGAAAUCAAAAUUCAUAACAAAUCGUUGUCUUGCCCCGCUGUAUUUGUUGAUGUUGGGCACAUUACAAAUGUGGAAACGGGUCUGAAAAGUGAUUAUUGGAAGAAACUUUUACCAGAUGAUCUAUAUGAGGUUGAGAAUCAGCUGAAGGAACUACAAAAUAAUUGCAUUCGUAUCAUUGACAAACCGCAUAUCCUUGAGCCGAACUCCACAGCUGUUCUGCAAGUAGAGCUGGACACAAUGGGAGCGCCAUUUACAUUCAAAAAAUUUGAAAUCUUGUUAGAUUACAGCAGCAAGCAAACGGCGUCCGAUUCUCGAAGUUUUUACUCAAAGACGCUGAAAAUUCCCUUUGAUUUAACUUUGAAGCGAACUUUGGAAAUAACCGGUUUAGAUGUAGUACCGCUGCCCGAGACUGUAGAGGAACAGAGCGAUGACAUCGAUUUUGUGAAUUUCUUUAAGAGGGAAUCUGAGGUCGGAAGAGUUGAUGCAUCCGAUUACGCACUGCUUUUACUGGAUUUGAGAAACUCUUGGAAGGAUGCUUUGGAAUUUCAAAUAGGUUUUGAGAACUUUCUCAGCUCGAAGACAACAUUACAAACCGAUCACACAUGUCGGACUGUGAUUCCGAUUAAAAAAUCUCUUUUGAAUCACAAACUCUUGCAGAGAGAGGUUCCCAAGUUGGUCGCCAAUCGUCAAUUUGUGAACCCUGGCAUAUCACGCGAGCAGCUUGAAGACAUACGCGAGAAGUUUUGGUGUCGAGAAAUGUUAAUUCAAAAGCUUACAUGCACUUGGACUGUAAAGGGUCAUGCGAACAUUCAUGGCAAAGUCGAUUCUCGUCAAUUUUUGCCUAAAGUCGAUUCACGCACGUUGGAUAUACUUUGCCCUUCGAGAAAACACACUCUUGAAGUGAAAUUGGUAGCGUCUGAAACCGUUGUAUCCUCAGGCACCAAGGUUGACGUUAAAGCUCUAAUAAAUUCCCAAAGACCGCGACACACACCCGAUGAAAUUGCCACUUUCACCUUUCUAAUUUUCGAUCGCCGCACCGGAAGACUUCUGCCGAAAUCGAAUUCAAGAGUAAUUUAUAAUGGCAAUCUCACAAGGAAAGUAAAGCUUGCUAAGGAUUCUGAUACUGGCUUAGAGCUGCUACCACUUGACCGAGGUGAAUACGAGAUAGGAUGCUCGAUUAACUCUCGAGUCUUCAACAGUAUACCUGUGUACAUACGUGUAGAAUGA